GAAGUGCUUCCAUCUCCGCCACCACUAUGGAGGUCGAAGUAAAACUCCGGCUACCGGACUCCGCCGCCCACCAGAAACUUUCCGAUCUCCUCUCACCUUACCACACCAAAACCCACCUCCAACAAAACCUCUUCUUCGACACCCCAUCUCUCUCCCUCGCCACCACCCACCUCGCCGCCCUCCGCCUCCGUUUCUACGACCUCGAUUCCCAUUCCGUCCUCUCCCUCAAAUCCAAACCCACCAUCUCCGCCGGAAUCAGUCGCAUCCAGGAGCAGGAAGAAAUCCUCGACCCCGCAGUCGCCCGCGCUUGCGCCGCCGAGCCGUGGAGGUUCUCGACAAUCGCCGACGAUUACAGUUCCGGAAUCUUGGAGAGAGUGACGGGGGAAUUUGGGGUUGAUUUGAAGGAUCUCGUUUGCUUAGGAGGGUUUCGAAAUGUGCGGGCGGUUUAUAAUUGGAAUGGAUUGAAAUUGGAAUUGGAUGAAACGCAGUAUGAAUUUGGGGUUAAUUAUGAGAUUGAAUGUGAGAGUGAUGAUCCUGAUGAAGCUAAAUCGAUGAUGGAAAAGCUGUUGAAUGAGAAUGGAAUUAGGUUUUGUUAUUCGGAGGUUUCAAAGUUCGCCAUUUUUAGAUCUGGGAAGCUUCCUGCUUGAAAUUCGACAAGUAAGUAUAACAUGAAAAUGUUUGAAGUUUUCUUCUAGAAGAAUCUAGAGUCUUCUUGUCUUGUUUGUAGUUGAUUCAUUAUGGUUCUACAAACCCAUUUAA